AUGAGCGUUGAAACAGGUCUUCCACCCAAUUGGACAAUAAAAGUAAGCAAAACUCACAAUAAAGAAUAUUAUCUCAACCAACAAACCAAUGAAUCAUCAUGGGAUCCACCAUAUGGAACAGAUAAAGAAACUCUUAAUUCAUAUAUUCAAAAAUUUAAAAAUAAUGAUUAUAAACCAGUUAUAAAUAAAGAUGGGAAAGUUAGAGCUAGUCAUAUACUAGUUAAAAAUAAAAAUUCAAGAAAUCCCAAGAGUUGGAAAAAUCUGCAAAUAACUACAACUAGAGAAGAAUCAAUAAAUAUUGCAAGUGAAUAUUUAAAAAAAAUUUUAGCUGGUGAUGUUAAAUUUGAUGAUUUAGCUCAAGAUAAUAGUGAUUGUUCAUCUCAUUCUAGAGGUGGUGAUUUAGGUUAUUUUGGUAGAAAAGAAAUGCAACCACCUUUUGAAGCUGCUGCUUAUGAUUUACAUUUACAUGAAAUAUCAAAUUUAAUUGAAACUGAUAGUGGGAUUCAUAUACUACAAAGAACUGGAUAA